CUUUCUCCUUACAUUAAACUGAAACCUCAUUUUUCAGUCCCCACUUCUCUCAGUUUUUGCUUAUGCAUUACAACUCUAUAGAAAAAAAAAAAAUACACCAAAUAAACACACUACUCUUUGAGUGUUCAUAAUUGAUCAAAUAAUACUACCCCUCUCAAUAAAGGGUAAAAAAAAUUAUUAAAAUGAUGAAGUAUAAUCUGUUUUUUUUCAUAUUUUUUUCUUCUAUUCUUGUUUUUGUUUCUGGUUUUUCAAGAAACCUUCCAAUUAUAUCUUUUGAUGAAGGUUACUCACAUUUAUUUGGUGAUAAUAAUCUUAUGAUACUUAAAGAUGGUAAAUCAGCACAUAUUUCAUUAGAUGAAAGAACAGGGGCUGGAUUUGUGUCACAAGACCUUUAUUUACAUGGAUAUUUCAGUGCUUCUAUUAAGUUACCUGCAGAUUAUACAGCUGGUGUUGUUGUUGCAUUUUAUAUGUCUAAUGGAGACAUGUUUGAAAAGAACCAUGAUGAAAUAGACUUUGAGUUCUUGGGAAAUAUUAGAGGCAAAGAUUGGAGAAUUCAGACAAAUAUUUAUGGUAAUGGUAGCACAAAUGUUGGCAGAGAAGAAAGAUAUGGACUUUGGUUUGAUCCAUCUGAAGAUUUCCAUCAAUACAGUAUACUUUGGACUGAUAAUAUAAUCAUCUUUUAUGUAGAUAAUGUCCCCAUAAGAGAGAUCAAGAGGACAGAAGCCAUGGGUGGGGAUUUCCCAUCUAAGCCAAUGUCUUUGAUUGCUACAAUAUGGGAUGGUUCUGAUUGGGCUACAAAUGGUGGAAAAUACAAAGUCAAUUACAAAUAUGCCCCUUAUAUUGCUGAGUUUUCCGAUUUUGUCCUCCACGGAUGCGCAGUCGAUCCGAUUGAACUAUCAUCCAAAUGUGACGAGACCUCAUCAAAAACUGCAUCGAUCCCUACCGGUAUCACCCCUGACCAAAGACGAAAAAUGGAGAGCUUCAGAAAGAGGCGAAUGCAGUAUUCGUACUGCUACGACAAGACUCGGUACAAGGUCCCUCCGACCGAGUGUGUGAUCGAUCCUAAGGAAGCUGAACGACUCCGAGCAUUCGACCCCGUUACGUUUGGUGGUUCCCGCCAUCAUCACGGGAAACGACACCGCCGUAGCAGAUCAAAGUUGAAGGAUGAUGUGUCCUUUAUGUAAAGCCAAGGGUCACAAGUUUUUCUCUAUAUUGUCACAUGAUGAUGAUCAUUGUUUGGUCUCCAAUUUGAAUUUGAGGUUUUGUUAUUUUCACAUGUGAAUAGAGGAGAUAUAAAAAGGAUAAGAUUAUCCAUAUAUGAGUCAUGAUUAAAUAUUUGUUGGGGUAUGUAUAUAUGUCAUACCUAUAUAGGGUCCCAGCCAUGUUCUACUUGUUGAUGUUUUUGUUGUUUGGGCCUCCAAUUUAUAUGAUUUUGUGUACUUUUUCUGUGGCACUUUUAAUAAAUGCAUGCAUGCUUGCAUAGUA